GGAGAGGCGGGAGAAGAGAUUUAAUUUAGUUGAUUUUCUGUGGUUGUUGGUUGUUCGCUCGUCUCACGGUGAUGGAAGCUGCACAUUUUUUCAAAGGGACCGAGAAACUGCUGGAGGUCUGGUUCUCCAGGCAGCAGCCCGACACAAGCCAGGGAUCCGGGGAUCUUCGCACCAUCCCGAGAUCUGAGUGGGAUGCCCUUUUGAAGGAUGUGCAGUGUUCAAUCAUCAGUGUGACGAAGACUGACAAGCAGGAAGCUUAUGUACUCAGUGAGAGUAGCAUGUUUGUCUCCAAGAGACGUUUCAUUUUGAAGAGAUGUGGUACCACCCUCUUACUGAAAGCACUGGUUCCCCUCUUGAAGCUUGCUAGGGAUUACAGUGGGUUUGACUCGAUUCAAAGCUUCUUUUAUUCUCGUAAGAACAUGAAGCCUUCUCACCAAGGGUACCCACACCGGAAUUUCCAAGAAGAAAUUGAAUUUCUUAAUGCAAUUUUCCCAAAUGGAGCAGCAUAUUGUAGUGGAAGUAUGAAUUCUGACUGUUGGUACUUUUAUACUUUGGAUUUCCCAGAGAGCCAAGUAAUCAAUCAGCCAGAUCAAACCCUGGAAAUUCUGAUGAGUGAGCUUGACCCAGCAGUUAUGGACCAGUUCUACAUGAAAGAUAGUGUUACUGCAAAGGAUGUCACUCGUGAGAGUGGAAUUCGUGACCUGAUACCAGGUUCUGUCAUUGAUGCCACACUGUUCAAUCCCUGUGGCUACUCGAUGAAUCGAAUGAAAUCGGAUGGAACCUAUUGGACUAUUCACAUCACUCCAGAACCAGAAUUCUCUUAUGCUAGCUUUGAAACAAACCUCAAUCAGACCUAUGAUGACCUGAUCAGGAAGGUUGUGAAAGUCUUCAAGCCAGGAUAAUUUGUGACCACCUUGUUUGUUAAUCAGAGUUCUAAAUGUUGCACAGUGCUUUCUUCACCCCAGAAGAUUGAAGGUUUUAAACGUCUUGAUUGCCAGAGUGCUAUGUUCAAUGAUUACAAUUUUGUUUUUACCAGUUUUGUUAAGAAGCAACAGCAACAGCAGAGUUGAUUAAGAAAAAUGAAGAAGA